AUGGAGAAAGUGCAGAGGCUUUUUGUUGUGUUCCUGUUGGGUUCUGGUUGGUGUCCUGUUGGGUUCUGGUUGGUGUCCUGUUGGGUUCUGGUUGGUGUCCUGUUGGGUUCUGGUUGGUGUCCUGUUGGGUUCUGGUUGGUGUCCUGUUGGGUUCUGGUUGGUGUCCUGUUGGGUUAUUGUUGGUGUCCUGUUGGGUUCUGGUUGGUGUCCUGUUGGGUUCUGGUUGGUGUCCUGUUGGGUUCUGGUUGGUGUCCUGUUGGGUUCUGGUUGGUGUCUUGUUGGGUUCUGGUUGGUGUCUUGUUGGGUUCUGGUUGGUGUCCUGUUGGGUUAUUGAUGGUGUCCUGUUGGGUUAUUGAUGGUGUCCUGUUGGGUUAUUGA